GUUACUUGGCAACCCACAGGCUUCCUAGGGCUAAGGCGGCACCAGCGAAGCGGAGACGUAGCGCUAGGACCACCUGCACUUACACCUCUCCCUCUUCACGCUCCAACAACACGGAGUUGUCACCUUGGGCGUCCAAGUGUGUUUUGGGAUUGGGCUGUGGACGGUCCCGGCAGCGAGACACCGCAGUCGAGAAAGUGCUCAGGUUUUCCUCUUAGGUCCUCGUCUGGAGGAGAAAAGAAAGUCACUGUUUGUGUCCCAAACUUAGAAGCCAUUUACCAUGGAAACAUUCUGGGGUUCCAGGAAACAAGUGACUUCUGUCAGUUAACUGAGUGUGAGAAGGUGACCGUCACCUCACACACCUGCUCGGAGUAAACCGAGGAGGGGGGAAGAGGCUGCAGACCCUCAGCGCGUUACCAUGCACUGCAGAGCCUACUGCUUGCAGGAAAGGGACUUGUGGGAGCUGAAGCAGAGCAACCUGAAGGGUAUUACUGCCUUGCCUGUAAGUGAAGAUAUGAUGAAAUGGGAAGCUGAAAUUGAAGGUCUACAGGACUCAGUUUGCCAUGGUUUAGUCUUCCGACUGACUGUAGAUUUUACAUCGGAGUACAACUCUGUCCCUCCAGUUGUGAGAUUUGUCCCUCCAAUUCCUUUUCAUCCAAAUGUAGACCCAUAUACUGGCAAGCCCUGUAUAGAUUUUUUGGACAAUCGUGUGAAGUGGAAUGGAAGGUAUACAUUGAGUAGCAUCUUACUUGCCAUACAGGUUAUGCUUUCAAAUCCAGAACUAGAAAAUCCAGUGAAUUUUGAAGCAGCCCAAAAACUGAUUGAAGAUGAAUCUAUGCACACCACAAAAAAACAAAGACGUUUCCAUGGCCCGUUACAGUCACAAUAUGACAGCCUAGAGUUACCUGAAGACUCACAAGAAUUUAUCAAAUCAAUUAAAACAGUCUCGUUUAUUGACUACUAUGAGACAUGGUCUAAUAUAGCUACAUCAAAAGCUACAGAAUACUACAGAACUCCAUUGCUUAAAAAUCCAGAUUUCCUUACACGGUAUUACAAAUGGAGGAAGAUUGAUCUACAGUUUCCUAAAGAAUGGAAUUUAAAGUAUGCUGCUAUCAAGUCUCGGUUUUCUAAAGAAAAUAGAAUACCUCACACAGUCAGUCAUUUAGUCGGAAGAUAUCUCUGCCCAACUCCAGAUGAAGUUUCUUCUGAGUCACAACCUGGAAUAGAUAUUGUCCCAAAGAUUUAUGAAACAGAGAGGUGGAAGAAUGGAGAUUCACUAUAUGAAAAUGACUCAUAUGAGCCGUGGGAAGAGGAAGUAGAAGAUCUGGUCGCCUGGACCAGUACUCUCAAUACAGAUACUUUAGAAGAUUAAAGUAACCCUCCAGGAUCUAAAAAAUAAACAACCUUAACCACAGCUCAGCUUUGUGGAGCGAUUUGAGAAGGCUUUCAGAAUUUGGAUUUUGUUUUUUUCAAGUCAGUCUCAUUUUCUUACUGCAAGUACACAUGGAGAUAUAAAUAUAAAUCAGUGAAUAUGGUACUUUAACUUUUUCGAGGUCUACUUC